AUGUCUUUACCAGACUCUUCCCUAACCAAUUGGCCUGAUGUGGCUAGCUAUGUCUCUACGCGCAAGGAUACCUACCCCUUCAUCGACCCCGCCACAGCCAACCUGGAAGGCAAGUCGGUCUUGAUCACGGGCGCCUCAAAAGGUAUUGGAAAAGCGACCGCAAUUAGCUUCGCCAUCGCGGGAUGCUCUAAGAUCCUUCUCGCUGCCCGUUCCGACAUGGCAGAUGUUGAGGUGGCUGUCAAAGAAGCUGCCAAAAAGGCGAACCGGCCCCUACCAGCUGUGCAAUCCUUGAAGGUCGACAUAACUUCAGAGGACUCAGUGCGAGAGGCAGCCGAAACGGCUGCAGGGAUACUUGAUGGUAGCUUGGACAUCUUGAUCAACAACGCCGGCAACUUGGAGAAUUGGGUUCCUAUCAUUGAGUCCAAACCAAGCGAGUGGUGGCGGACUUGGGAGGUCAACAUCAAGGGCACCUAUCUCGCCACCCACUUUUUCCUACCUUUGUUACUAAAGUCGGAAACCAAGACGCUCAUAAACGUUACCAGCGGCGGUGCCCACGCUCUGUUUCCUGGUGCAUCAAGUUACCAGACCACCAAGUUUGCGCUCUGCCGCUUCACCGAGUUCAUAGACAAGGAGUAUGGCCAGCAAGGUGUAAUUGCCAUUGCUAUUCAUCCUGGUGCCGUCAAGACGGAUCUUGCCACCAACAUGCCUGCGGACAGGCAGAGCAUCCUGACGGAUUCACCUGAGUUGCCUGCCGAUACGCUGGUUUGGCUCUCCCGUGAGCGGCGUGACUGGCUGUCGGGCCGAUUCGGUUCUGUGAGUUGGGAUAUGGAGGAAUUGGAGCAGAAGAAACAGGAUAUUCUUGAAAGAAAUUUGUUCAAGUUUCGUGUAUUAGUCUGA